CGGGGUGCUUACCUAAGACGUCUAUCAUUGUAUGCACAUGUGAUUAUGAUCUGACAUGCAUAUCUACACUGCCCAUAAUAUAUAAAUAAACAAAUCAUCAUCUCUAUCCUCUUCAGUUUUCCUGUCUCCAAUCUAUCAUUUCAAUUAUCCUAUCUCCAAUCUAUCAAGCUACGCGCAAGUAACAACCGCAAGACAAUAUAAUAUCAACUCUCUCCACCGCCAAAAUGAGCGACUCGCCCCUCCCAAUCCGGCUCACCCAAGCCGUCGGCCUCACCACCUCCCUCCUCCUCGGAGGCGGCAACUGCGCCAUAAGCGUUCUCUUCGUGCCGCGGCUCCUCGAAUCGCCGGCGCCGCUGCUCCUCCAGCAAUGGAACAACCUGUACCAAGUCGGGAUGCGCACAUUCCCGCCCCUCGCCAUCGUCGCAUCGGUCUCGUACUUCUACCUAGCGCGCGACGCCGGGUUCGGGGAGAGCUGGAAGGCGACGGCGUAUGCGAUCUCGGGCGCGCUGACGGUGGGCAUCAUACCGUACACGUUGCUGUUUAUGAAGAAGAUCAAUGGGAAGCUGGCGACGAAGCUGGAGGAGAUCAGGAACCUGGGGAAGCCCGAGAGUGUGGUCGAGGAGGAGGAGAGCGUGGGUGAGGAGUCGGCGCAUCAGUUGCUUGAUCUUUGGGGCCUGCUGAAUUUGAUGAGGGGCCUUAUGCUCUCUACUGCUGGUGUGCUGGGAGUGUGGACGGUGCUGAAUUAGGCACUGCGUCGUAGUAUUGGGGGAGCUGGAGUGAUUGUAUGAGAAGCUGGGUGAGGAUGCAAAAAUGGGAGAAAGGGAUGCACUUGGUUAUACGGUUCUGGGAUUCGCUUCUGUGCUGGACGAGCAAGGAUUGUUUUGGUUAUGAUUCGAAGUAUGUAAUAAUACCACAUUCUCUUGGGGGCGGAACAGGAGCAUAGUAUGGCGUGGGCAAUUUACACAUUGGCUGGGAUUGGGCCCUAUUGCGUGUGCUGGUAGUAGAUAUGAUACAAAUAUAGUUAUUCCAUUCAAACAUUGCU